AUGGAAUGUGUGCUCGAGGCGGAUCCCAAGCCUGAAAUCGUGUGGCAACAUUCCGGCACUCCAAUGUCCCCAUCGUCCCGUGUGGAACAGGAGUUGAAACCACAAGGCGGAAAUCUUUUCAUUGCUAUCCUUAGCAUUAAGGAGCCAAACGCUGGCGAUGGUGGUGCCUAUCGUUGCACGGCUAAAAAUACCCACGGAGAAAGCAAUGCCAACAUUAACCUCAAUUUUGCAGGAGGUGGCGAAGAGCCGAAAUCCCGUGGUCCGACAUUUGUUGGUAAACCGCGUAUCAUUCCAAUGGAUGGAGGAGCAAGAAUUGUGAUGGAAUGUCGCGUCAAAUCCUCCACCCCACCAACGGCUAAAUGGAGCAAGGAUGGUAUCCCCAUUUCCGGCUCGCAAUUUCACGAGCUCUUUCAAGAUCUCGGCGAGCAAACCUAUCUCUGCCAGCUUGAGAUUCAUGGUCCAUCCACUUCGGAUGCUGGCCAAUAUCGAUGCACUUUGAAGAACGCUGAAGGAGAGACAAACGCAAAUUUGGCGCUCAACUUCGAAGAACCCGACGAGGAACCACCACCAGCUGAGGAGAAAAGAAAAGGAAGAAGACCGAACGUUCGCCAUCAGGACGAUCGGAGAGAUCAGCCUCUCCCCGUCCUGGAUCACCAAAGUAAAGAAGCGUCUCCAGGGAAAACCACACGCUCUCGCACUUCAACGCCGGUGAUGGGCGACGAGUUGACACCCGAUCAGGCAAAAACGCGACGUGGCAGUAGCAAGCUGGCUGAAGGGGAAAACGGCUCAUCAAAGCGUGUCCGUGAACGAUCAACGUCAGCUCUCACCGCUGAGGAGAAAAAACAGCGCACAAAGAGCCCCGGAUUAGAGGAUAUCCCGCAAAAGUCCGAAGUUGAGGAGUCAAAAUAUGAAUCGUCUAAUUAUGGUCGUGAGACGACGACGAGGAAAGAUGAAGCGGUGAAUAAAGACUCCUCAUUGACCGAUUUGCCGAAUAACGCGCGCGAGAAGUUCCGACGAGCGCCCGUUGUCGUCGAGCCGGCUACAUCAAAGGCAGUCCGUUCUGGUAGCUCAGUGACGCUGGAAGUGGAAUGGCAAUGCCAUACAUCGACCACGAUCAGCUGGUUCAAAGACGGAACAGAGAUUCGAUCGAGUCGAGAUCACAUCACCUCGUUUGAUGGUCGUUAUUCCCGGUUGACCAUCAACAAUGUGACAAGAAAUCUCACUGGUGUUUACAAAUGCUAUGCUCGAUCCGAAUACGGUGAUGGAGAGAGCUCAGCGGCUGUUCAUCUUGAAGAUGAAAAGAAUAAUUAUGAGGAAGAGCAACUUAAAUCCGAAGAUGAGAGUAACUAUGCGAAAAGCAGGAAAAGUCCCAGUCCCGCUUAUCGCAAGAAAUCUCCAGUGGCAAGCCGAGAAAGCAGUCUCAGACCUGAUGCGAAUCGUGCCGGCUCCCGUCCCGCAGCCGAUGAUGAGAUCUCUGAAGUCGAUGGAAUCCCAUCAUCGGGCCUCACGAUUCCCGACUCGAUUCGUCGCGAGUUAAUGGGUGAAAUGGACAAUUCGGAGGAUGAAGUCUCCGAGUCCAUCUCCGAAUUGCCAUCCUUUGCUGGGGGUGCGCCGAAACCAGCUCGCAAGCGUGUCUCCACUACGCAAGAGGCGAAAGAUCAACAAGUUGGCGUGAAAAAGACGAGUUUCGCUGAUGGAACGAAACCCGAACAAGUGACACCGCCAAAAUCUCUGCUGAAGACUCGACAAAAAGAGCAAGCUAAAGAAGCGAUUGAGGAUCCGAAAAAGAGCUUAAAAGGGAGGCAAGUUGGGCGAAAAGAAGAGACGAAUCCGUUAGAAGGAGUGAAACUGAAGAAAGUGGCACAGAAACCGAAAGAUGAUGAUAGUCCCGGACAAUCGAGGAGAGGAUCCAUGUGGGAGAGCGACUCGUCCCGUCGCGAUUCUGUCCGUCGUGGUUCUGUAGAUCUUCGUCGUGAAUCGAUCUCGGAACUCCUUGAGAAAGCUCAAACCCCGCUAAAAGCUGUUGGUGGAGCGGGAACUCCGGCGAAAAUUGUCGAUUUUGACGAAAGUGUCACUGUUCUUGAGAAUGAAACCGCAGCCCUGACCAUCAAAAUCGAAGGCGACCCGGUGCCAAAGAUUACAUGGAAAAAGGGAAUGAGAGAGGUGAUGAGCGGUGGCCGUUUCAAGCAGCAUACGAAUGGAGAGGAGAACAAAGCGCAUCUAGCGAUCAGCAAGUGUCGAAAUCAAGAUGAUGGAGUCUAUUCUGUGACUGUCUCGAAUUCACACGGUAGCGAUACCGCCGAGAUUAAACUCCUCGUCACCACCGACAACCAAGGAGGAGCAGAUUUUAGGGCAAUGCUCAAAAGAAGAGAUACCUCAAGUGGUCAACAAAAAGAGCCCAAAGAGAAAGAGUUGAGCGAGGCUGAGAGGAGACAGAGUUUGUUCCCGGGCAAAAAGGUUGAGCAAUGGGUGGAACCGUUGAAAGAUAAACGGGUUCAGCAAUUGACAGACAAAAUUGUCGAAUGGAAGUGCACGUACUCGCGGACGAACGCGAAAAUUCGCUGGUACAAAGAUAGGAAAGAAAUAUUCUCUGGUGGAUUGAAAUAUAAGAUUGUGAUCGAAAAAGCCACGUGCACACUCAUCAUCAAUAAUCCCGAAGUCGACGACUCGGGCAUGUACACUUGUGAGGCGAAUGGAGUAAAAACAAAUGCGAAUCUCGUUGUUGACGAGCCUCCAAUGAAGUACAGUUUCGUGAAUCCACUGCCAAACACACAAGAAGUUUAUCGCACAAAGAAUGGAGUCCUCACGUGUAAAGUCAACUCAGCAAGAGCACCGUUGAAAUGGUUGAGAAAUGGGAAACCGAUUGAUGAAAAUGAUAAGCGCUUUACGAUUGACAAGGAUCCUGUGGGUCGUUGCACGGUGACCAUUCACGAGAUUGUGCAAGAAGAUGAGGGAGAAUGGACAGCGUACAUCAGUGAGGAUGUACUAUCGAAAGUUCAAGUUUAUGUUGAAGAGCCACGAGACACUUUCGUGAUCCCAUUGAAAUCGCAAAGAGUUGACGAGAGAGGGACAACAUUUCUUGAAUGUGAUGUCAAUGAUAAAGAUGCUGAUGUACAGUGGUGGCACGAUGGAGUCAAGAUCGAACCUGAUGGUAAACAUUUCAAAGAAGAGCGUACGAUGAGAAAGCGUCGUUUGCAUGUGAUUGGAGCAAGGAUUGAGGAUCAUGGAGAGUAUAAAUGUAAAACAAAAGAUGACACGACGAUGGCUCAACUCAUUGUUGAACCCCUUAACAAGUUCAUCGUUCCUCUCAAAGACAUGGAUGUAAUCGAGAAAGAAACAGUUGAUCUCCGUUGUGAGACAAAGGACACAAAAACGCCUGGCACAUGGUUUGUUAAAGGAAAGCCAAUUUCAUCAAAACCUGGUGGGAAAUUCGAGUGUAGCUCGAGAAAUGGAGUGCACACAUUGAAGAUCUCGAAGAUCGAGAUGGGUGAAGGGGACACGUACGAGUUUGAUCAGGCUGGCCUUCGAGGCUCUUGCCUAGUCACAGUUGGUGAGGGUGAGAAGAAACCUGUCUUUAACUGGAAACCAAAAACAAUCGAGGCGAAAGCUGGAGAACCGUGUGAAGUGAGAAUCCCGUUCUCAAUCAAGGGACAGCGAAAUUUACCGAAAAUUCGCUUACUAAAGAAUGGACAACCCGUCGAUUUGGAUAAAAUGAGAGAUCUUGUUGAGGUGGUGAUUGAAGGCGACGAGGCAGUGAUCAAAUGGAAGAACCCAGCGCUCGCCGAUGCCGGGAAAUGGGCUCUCGAGUUGGGGAAUUCAGCUGGAACAGCCCUUGCACCAUUUGAGCUCUAUGUUAAGGAUAAACCAAAGCCACCGAAAGGCCCAUUGGAGACAACGAAUGUUACCGCUGAGGGCUGUGAUCUCAAAUGGGGAGAAGGAGAUAAAGGCGAGGAGAACCCGGCAAAAGCUUACAUUGUUGAGAUGCAAGAGGGACGAUCGGGUCAAUGGGCGAAAAUUGGAGAGACAAAGGGAGCUGGUUUCAAGGUGAAAGACCUCAAAGAACAUGGCGAGUACAAGUUCCGAGUGAAAGCACUGAACGAUGUCGGAUUGUCCGAUCCAUUGACUGGAGAGACGAUCCUCGCCAAGAAUCCUUACACUGUGCCCGGAAAACCGAGAAAUAUGGACUUCGUCGAUGUCGAUAAUGAUCACAUCACGAUUGCCUGGGAUCCACCAGAGGAUGACGGUGGAGCACCAUUAGAAGAGUAUAUCAUUGAGAGGAGAGAGAAGAGUGAAAAGGAUUGGAAUCGUGUUGGCUCGAUUGCGCAUGAUCCAAAAGAGGCUAAGCAGACGUUUACUGAUGAACGAGUGGUGGAGGGAAAAGAGUAUUAUUACCGGAUCAAAGCCGUCAACAAAGCCGGUCCCGGUGAUCCGAAUGAUCAUGGACGAUCGGUGAAAGCAAAAGCUAAGCCAAGUGAGCCUCGUUUCAUCAAAGGCGGCAUCAAAGAUCAACGCUUGAAAGUGGGUGAAACGAUCAAAUAUGACGUGCCGAUCUCUGGAGAACCGACGCCUGAAGUGAGCUGGUUGGUGAAUGGAAAACCACUGAAAUCGGGCGGUCGAGUGAAGAUGACAACAGAAAGGGGAAGACACGUGUUAAAGAUCGAGAACGCUGAGCGCGGUGAUUCGGGCAAGUUCACGAUUGUGCUCAAGAAUCCGUCGGGCACUUGCGAAGACUCGGCCGUGGUCACCGUUGUGGGUAGACCGGCGCCACCAGAGGGCCCACUUGACGUGAGUGAUGUGUGCGCUGACGGAGCGACAGUCGGCUGGAAUCCACCAAAAGAUGAUGGAGGAGAUCCGUUGACUGGAUACAUUGUUGAGGCACAAGAUUUGGAUCAAAAGGGCAAAUUUGUUGAGGUCGGCCGAGUCGACCCGGGCACCACGAAUCUCAAAGUGAAAGGCCUCAAGAACAAGGGAAACUACAAGUUUAGAGUCAAAGCCGUGAACAACGAGGGAGAAUCGGAGCCACUCACUGCUGAUGAUUACACGACGAUCAAGGAUCCGUGGGAUGAACCGGGAAAACCCGGGCGUCCGAUGGUCACCGACUAUGACGCCGAUCGGAUUGAUCUUGCCUGGGAUCCGCCAUUGAAAGACGGUGGAGCCCCAAUUGAGCAAUACAUUGUUGAAGUGAGAGAUCCGGUGACAAAAGAAUGGAAAGAGAUCAUGAGAUCACCAACGACGAAUGCUUCGGUGAAAGGACUCAAGGAGGGAUCUGAAUAUCAAUUCCGAGUGAGAGCUGUGAACAAGGGCGGCGCCGGUCAACCCUCGGAACCAUCUGAGAAACAAAUGGCUAAGCCGAAAUUCGUCCCUGCUUGGCUGAAACACGAAUGCCUUCGAUCGAUCACUGUGAAAGCCGGACAAUCUGUGAGAUGGGAUGUGAAGAUUGGAGGAGAACCACCACCGGAUGUAACCUGGACAAGAGACGGAAAAGCCGUUGAGAUGAACGCUCGGCUCUCGAUUGAGACAAAGAAAACCGAUCACACGAUUCUCUGCAUUUCAGCGGCAGCUCGAGGCGAUAUUGGAGAAUAUCGGUUGACAGUGAAAAACUCCUAUGGAGAGGAUACCGAGGCGGCAAAUCUUACGGUGCUCGAUCGCCCCGCGAAACCUGAGGGUCCACUUGAGGUCACCGACGUCUUCGAAGACAAUUGCAAUCUCGCCUGGAAACCACCAAAGGAUGAUGGCGGUGAGCCGAUCGAGUACUACGAGGUUGAGAAGCUCGACACAUCCACUGGCCGAUGGGUACCGUGUGCCAAAGUGAAAGACACAAAGGCACAUAUUGAUGGCUUGAAAAAGGGACAAACGUAUCAAUUCCGUGUGAAAGCCGUGAAUAAAGAGGGAGCAUCGGAUGCGUUGAAUGCUGAUAAAGAGACCAAAGCGAAGAAUCCGUACGAUGAACCCGGAAAACCCCCGCCACCCGAUAUUGUUGAUUGGGAUUCGAACAAGGUAUCCCUUGCCUGGGAACCUCCAAGCUCUGAUGGUGGUGCACCGAUCACUGGCUACAUCAUUGAAAAGAAAAGCAAACACGGAAAAGAGUGGCAAGAGUGCGCGAAAGUUGGUCCUCAAUGUGAAGCGGAUGUAUUGAAUCUGAAAGAAGGAGAAGAAUAUCAAUUCCGGAUCAAAGCUGUGAACAAAGCUGGCCCAGGAGAAGCCUCGGAUCCAUCACAACGUGUCACCGCUAAGCCGAGAAAUCUAAAGCCAUGGAUUGAUCGAGAGGCGAUGAAGACGAUCACCGUUAAAGUUGGACAAGAUGUAGAAUUUGAUGUGCCAGUGCGUGGUGAGCCACCACCGGACAAAGUGUGGACGUUCAAUGAGAAACCGAUCUCUGAUAAGAUUCGGGUGAACAAUGAGGACUAUCGAACUCAUUUUGUGCUGAAGGGUGCGCAAAGAGCCCAAGCUGGAAAAUAUACACUGACUGCAACGAACGCUAGUGGAAAAGACUCGCACACUGUCGAGGUGAUCGUGCUGGGGAAACCCGGAGCACCGAUGGGACCUUUGGAUGUGACGGAUGUGUUUGAGGAUCAUUGCACAUUGGAAUGGGCACCGCCUGAGGAUGAUGGUGGUUGCCCGAUUGAUCACUAUGAGAUAGAGAAAAUGGAUAUGGCCACGGGUAGAUGGGUUCCUUGUGGAAGAUCGGAUGGCACGACGACUCAAGUGGCGAACUUGCAACCCGGACACGAGUACAAGUUCAGAGUCAAAGCCGUUAAUAAGGAAGGAGAGUCAGAGCCGUUGACAGCAGACACGGCCAUCGUCGCCAAAAAUCCAUAUGAUUUACCUGGAAAGGUUGACAAACCAGAGCUUGUUGAUUGGGAUAAAGAUCAUGUGGAUCUUGCUUGGAAACCAGUGAAUGAUGAUGGAGGAGCACCCAUUGAAGCUUAUAUCAUUGAGAAGAAAGAUAAGAGAGGACGAUGGGAAGAGGCGCUUGUUGUGCCUGGUGAUGCGACAGCGGCUACGAUUGAUGGCUUGAAAGAAGGCGAAGAAUACCAAUUCCGCAUUAGAGCUAAAAACAAGGCUGGCAAAGGAGAAGCGUCUGAUCCAACGGACACCGUUGUGGCUAAAUGCAGAAAUUUGCCACCACACAUUCAUCGCGAAGACAUUGAGGAUCAUGUUUUACGAGUGGGCGGCGCUGUUGAUUUCAAGAUUCACAUCGAUGGAGAACCGGCACCGAAUGUCACCUGGACUUUCACUGGUGGAUCAGUGCAUGGUGCCGGCGUUCAAACAGACGAUCAAGAUUACCUCUCUCGUUUCUGUAUCCCGAAAGCCACGCGGAAACAAAGUGGCAAGUAUACAAUCACUGCCACAAACGAGAAUGGAACUGAUUCGGUGACAUUCGAAGUGAAAGUGAAAGGAAAACCCGGGAAACCGAAAGGACCGCUUGAUGUAACUGAUGUGUUUGAGGAUCGAUGCAAUUUAGACUGGAAACCACCAGAGGAUGACGGCGGAGAGCCGAUUCAAUUCUACGAAAUCGAGAAGAUGAACACAAAAGACGGAUUGUGGGUCCCAUGUGGUCGCACAGCUGACACAAAAUUCCAAGUGGACACCCUCAACAAAGGGGAUCACUACAAAUUCCGUGUCAAGGCAGUGAACGGCGAGGGAGCCUCAGAACCAUUGGAAAACGAGGCGGAGAUUCUUGCAAAAAUCCCUACGAGAGACCGGAUAAACCCGGGGAAACCUGAGCCAACCGAUUGGGACUUUGAUCAUGUUGAUUUGAAAUGGGAUCCACCAUUGAACGAUGGAGGCGCGCCUAUUGAAGAGUACCAAAUCGAGAAGAGAACAAAAUAUGGACGAUGGGAACCAGCAAUCAGUGUCCCUGGUGGUCAAACGACAGCCACUGUGCCUGAUUUGACACCAAACGAAGAAUACGAAUUCCGUAUUGUUGCUGUGAAUAAAGGAGGACCUUCUGAUCCAUCAGAUCCAUCAAAACCCGUUAUAGCGAAACCAAGAAAUUUGGCUCCAAAGAUCGACCUUGGCGCUUUGAAAGACAUCACCAUUCGUGCUGGCCAAAUUUUGGCUUUCGAUGUACCCGUUGACGGAGAACCAACCCCAACACUCACCUGGUCUGGCCCUGGAGGAAAAGAAUUGAAAAAUGGAGGCAGAAUCAAAUUGGAAAAUCCACCGAAUGUCACCAAAUUCCAAAUGCGUCAAACUGAACGCGGAGACACUGGAAAGUACACGUUGAAGGCACAAAAUGAGAAUGGAACCGAUUCGGCUACGUGCAAUGUGACCGUCAUCGACAAACCAUCCCCGCCACAAGGCCCACUUGAGGUCUCAAAUGUUCAAGCGAAUCAAGUGACUCUUGAUUGGAAACCACCAGAGGAUGAUGGAGGAGUUCCAUUGGAGAAUUAUCUCAUCGAGAAAUUCGACACAGCCACUGGCAGAUGGGUACCGGCGUUGAAGGUACCCGCCGGGCAAACAACCGCCAAUGUGGAUGGACUUCUUGAAGGUCAUGAAUACAAAUUCCGCGUUUCUGCAGUAAACUCUGAAGGAGAAUCGGCUCCAUUAGAGACAUUUUCUCCAAUUGUCGCUAAGAAUCCCUACGAUAAACCGGGUAAACCCGGACAACCUGAAGUCACUGAUUGGGAUAAGGAUCAUGUUGAUCUUAAGUGGACCCCACCAAAAGAUGAUGGAGGCGCACCAUUGGAGAACUAUGUGAUCGAGGUGAAAGACGAAUUCUCACCAAAUUGGAAAGAAAUCAAAACGGUGCCCGCCGGUCAAACGGAAGCAUCGGUGAAUGGAUUGAAAGAGGGAGAGAAGUACACUUUCCGAAUUCGAGCCAAGAACAAAGCUGGAACUGGAGACCCCUCCGAUCCAACGAAUUCUGUCACAUGCAAGCCGAGACAUUUGGCGCCGGUGAUCGAUCGAAAUUCGAUUCAAGAGUUGCGCGUGCGAGCCGGUCAAGACUGUGGAUUAGUGAUUCCAGUGAGCGGAGAACCACCACCACAGAUCACCUGGACUUUUGCUGGCGAACCAGUGGAAUCAGAUGAUCGUAUCCGGGUGCAAACCGAGGACUAUAAGACCAAGUUCAGCAUCAGAAAAUCGAAGAGAGAAGACGCGGGCACGUAUCUGAUCACAGCGAAGAAUGAGAGUGGAGUGGAUACGGCUGAGGUGAAAGUGAUCGUUCUUGAUCAUCCAACGAAACCACGCGGUCCGUUGAACGUCUCAAAUGUGACGAAAAACACCUGUGAUCUUGAUUGGAAACCACCAGAGGAUGAUGGCGGAGCUGAAAUCUCUCACUAUGUAGUGGAGAAACAAGAUCAGGCAACUGGUCGCUGGGUUCCAUGCGGAGAAAGUCAAGACACUCACAUGAAAGUCAACGAUCUCACGCCCGGACACGAGUACAAAUUCCGAGUGAAAGCUGUGAAUAGAUAUGGUGACUCUGAUCCACUGGAGGCUGACACAUCGAUCGUUGCCAAGGAUCCAUUCGAUACGGCUGGAAAACCAGGAAUCCCUGAGAUUACCGAUUGGGACAAGGAUCGAGCUGAUCUCAAGUGGGCUCCACCUAGCGACGAUGGAGGCGCUCCUGUUGAACAAUAUCUCGUUGAAAUGCGUGAUGGGAAUGGAAAUUGGGUGGAAGCGGCCGUUGUGCCCGCAGAUCAGACAACAGCCUCGGUGAAAGGAUUGAAAGAAGGACAUCAAUAUCAAUUCCGAGUGAAAGCCAUUAACAAAGCCGGACAAUCGGCUCCAUCCGAUCCAUCGAGACAUUUGUUGGCAAAGGCUAGACAUGUUCCACCAAAGAUCGAUCGGAAAAUGUUCGAGGAUUUGAAAGUUCGUGCUGGACAACCGAUCAAAUUUGAUGUAAACGUCGAGGGAGAACCCCAUCCAGUCAUCGAGUGGUUCUACAAUGGAGUACCGCUUAGAUCCGAUGAGAGGGUUAAGAUUGACAAUACAGCUGAUCAUAACACCAAGUUGACGACAAGAGACGCGCAAAGAGUCGACGCUGGCAAGUACAAGAUUGUCGCCACAAAUGACAGUGGAAAGGAUGAGCACGAGGUUGAUGUGAACGUGCUUGAUGUCCCUAGUGAUCCAAAGGGACCACUCCGAGCCGAUGACAUCACCAAGGAUAGUGCGGUGAUCUCGUGGAAAGAACCCGAGGAUGAUGGUGGAUCACCGAUUACUGGCUAUAUUGUUGAGAAACAAGAAGAUGGUGGAAGAUGGGUACCGUGCGGUGAAACAGACGGCACACAACUUAAAGUCGGCAAACUCAACGAGGGACAUGAAUACAAAUUCCGGGUUCGAGCUGUGAAUAGGCAAGGCCAAUCGGGAAAUCUUGAGUCACGCGAUUCAAUUGUCGCCAAGAAUCCCUUCGAUGAACCCGAUCCACCAACGGAUGUCACACCAGUUGAUUGGGAUAAAGAUCAUGUGGAUCUCGCUUGGAAGGCCCCGGCAAAUGACGGUGGAGCACCGAUUGAGAAAUACAUCGUCGAAAAGAAAGACAAAUACGGAGAUUGGGUCGAGUGCGCUGUGGUGCCCGGUGAUCAGACAAAGGCUACUGCUCCAAAUCUGACUCCCGGGGAAACGUACCAAUUCCGGGUGAAAGCUGUGAACAAAGCUGGCCCUAGCAAGCCAUCUCAAGCCACAGGGCCAGUGGUGGCGAAAGCAAGACGACAAGCGCCAAAGAUCAAUCUCGAUGGAUUGACGGAUUUGAGAGUGAAAGCCGGGACACCGAUCAAAAUCGACGUCUCGUUUGAGGGAGCACCCGCUCCAACAGCCACCUGGAAAAUCGGCGAUAAGCCGGCAGCUGGCGAUGAUCGAGCUGAGGUGAAAUCCACCCCAAGCACCUCAUCGCUCGUGAUCCCAGCUUGUCGAAGAGGUGACUCUGGUCAAUAUUUCAUCACAGUUGAGAAUGAAUUCGGCAAGGAUACCGCUAAAUGCAAUGUCACCGUUUUGGAUGUACCCGAAGCGCCGAAAGGACCAAUGAAAAUUGGAGACAUUCACAAAGAGGGAUGCACUUUGCAAUGGAAACCACCAGAGGAUGACGGAGGAUCGGAUAUCUUGCAUUAUGUUGUUGAGAAGAUGGACACGACAAGAGGCACUUGGCAAGAGGUUGGCCAAUUCCCCGACUGUGAGGCCAAGGUGACCAAACUGCAACCGGGCAAAGAGUACCUCUUCCGCGUGAAAGCUGUCAAUUUACAAGGCGAGAGUAAACCGCUUGAAGCCGACGAGCCGAUCAUCGCGCGAAAUCGCUUUGAUGUCCCCGAUGCACCUGAGAAACCGGAAGUGACCGAUUGGGAUAAAGAUCGUAUCGAUAUCAAGUGGAAUCCACCGGCCAACAAUGGAGGAUCGCCGAUCAAGGGAUACAUCGUCGAGAAGAAAGAGAAAGGCUCAGCAAUGUGGGUGGAAGCAGGUCGACCAACAGGCACCGCGUUCUCAGCCACAAAUCUGAAGCCAGGCGUGGAAUAUGAACUCCGUGUGAAAGCGAUCAAUGAAGCCGGAGAGUCGAGACCGUCGGAUCCAUCCGAUUCCCAGAUCACUAAGGCUCGCUAUGUAAAGCCGCAGAUAAUGACUCGAGAUCGAAAGAUUAAAAUCAAAGCCGGACACACUCACACCAUGGAAAUUGACUUUAUCGGAUCGCCUGAGCCAACUGCUGUUUGGACGAAGGAUGGAAAGGAGGUCCCUGCCGAGUUGAUGGUCGACAAGAAGACCGGCAAAGCCUCAAUCUUCUUCCCAUCAGCAAAACGAGAACAAAGUGGCACCUACAAGUUGAAAUUGAAGAAUGAUAUUGGGGAAGAUGAGGGAGAUUUCGAAGUUGUCGUCCAAGAUCGACCAUCACCUCCAGAAGGACCUCUCGAAGUGUCCGAUGUAACGAAGGACAGCUGUACUCUUGCAUGGAAUCCGCCAAAGGACGACGGUGGCUCGGAAAUCACGAACUAUGUGGUCGAGAAGCGAGACAUCAAAUCAGGCACCUGGGCACCGGUGUCGAAUUUCGUCGCUGGAACUACUUGCACUGUGCCCAAGCUACAAGACGGACACGAAUACGAAUUCCGUGUCGUCGCGCAAAACGCUUUCGGCUCCUCCGAUCCGUUGACAACCGAUCGCCCAGUGCUUGCCAAAGAUCCAUUCGGCACUCCUGGAAAACCAAGCAAGCCACAGAUCACCGACACUGACAAUGAUCAUAUUGAUAUUCAGUGGGAUCCGCCAAGAGACAACGGCGGAUCACCGAUCUCACACUAUGAUGUAGAAAGAAAAGAUGCGAAGUCAGGCAGAUGGAUCAAGGUGAACACGCAGCCAGUGAUGGGCACAGCAUUCAAAGAUGAACGAGUGCAGAAAGAUCACACUUACGAGUACAGAGUGGUUGCGGUGAACAAAGCGGGACCUGGAGAACCAUCAGAUCCAUCGGAUCCUGCCACAGCGAAACCGAUGUUCGAAGCACCGAGAUUCGACUUGGGAAUCGACGGAAAAGAGUUCCGAGUGAAAGCCGGAGAUCCGUUACUCAUCCAGAUUCCGUUCUCUGGAUCACCGAAACCUGAGAUCUCGUGGACAAGAGAUGGCCAACCGUUGCCAAACAUUGACACCACUGACUCUAUCACACAACUGCAUAUUUUGACGGCGAGAAAGUCGGAUGCUGGACCGGUGAAAAUUCGAGCCGUCAACAAAUUGGGCGAAGCGGAGGCGAAUAUCAAGAUCACGGUGAUUGAUCGACCAUCGCCACCCGAGAAUCUCACCUAUCCGGAGAUUUCCCGACGAUCGGCUACGCUUAAAUGGGAUCCACCGAAAGAUGAUGGCGGUGCGGAGAUCAUUGGCUACAAGAUCGAAUACCAACAAGAGGGAUCGAUGUUCUGGGAGAAAGUGCCGCAAACUGUUGCCGCCACGCAAUUCACUGUUAGGGGAUUGGAGCACGGGGCACGGUAUCGCUUCCGCAUUCGGAGCCGAGAAUAUGGCUGGAUUGAUGACUUUGACCCACCAGGCGCUCCAAGUACUCCCGAUAUCACUGGCUAUGACACCAACUCGGUUUCUCUCAAAUGGAAUCCACCAAGAGAAGACGGUGGUUCACCGAUUUUGGGCUACGUGAUCGAGAGAUUUGAGAAGAAAGGUGGAGGCGAUUGGGCGCCGAUUCGAAUGCCGUUAAUCAGAGGCACCGAGACGACGAUCAGAAACCUCUUUGAGGGUGAAACCUAUCAAUUCCGCGUGCGCGCUGUCAACGCUGCUGGCGAGGGUCCACCAAGUAAUGGAAGUGAACCUGUCACUUGUAAACCGUUCGUUGUGCCACCUGGUGCUCCGGAUGCUCCACAUGUUGGUAAAACGACAAAGAACUCGGCUGAGCUCACUUGGAUGAGGCCAACGUUUGAUGGAGGAGCGCCAAUUGAUGGAUACAUUGUUGAGAAGAGGAAAGUUGGAGACUCAAAUUGGUCUCGAUGCAAUGAGAAGCCAGUCAAGGACUGUCGCCUGAAUGUUGAAGGACUAAAGGAAAAGAGCAAUACGAAUUCCGUACCAUCAGAUCCAGUCACCAUUCAGGAUGCACCUGGUCGCCCGGUUUUCGAUCUCUCUGGCUUGCGGGAUAUUGUCGUACGAGCUGGUGAAACAAUCGAAAUCAAAAUCCCAUUCUCUGGUGGAAAUCCAAAACCAACAAUCGACGCUUUUAAUGGAACUCAGCCAAUCUACGAGGACUCGAGAACAACUGCUGAGGUGAUGCCCGAUCACAUCCUCAUCACUACCACAAACGCCAAGCGAACUGAUGGAGGACCAUAUAAAAUUGUGCUCUCUAAUCGAUUUGGUAAAGAUGAAGCGAAGUUGAAUGUCACUGUUUUGGACGCGCCUGGGAAACCAACUGGACCGAUCACUGCUAGUGAAAUUAGUGGUGAAGAAAUGACGCUUCAUUGGCGACCACCGAAAGAAGAUGGAGGCGCUCCGGUCACCAAUUAUGUUGUUGAAGCAAGGACGAAGAAUGGAGAAUGGAAGAGAAUUGGGCAACCAAUUGGAUGCCAAUUUAAAGCAAGAAAUCUCAUCAAGAAUCAAGACUAUGAAUUCCGUGUCUCGGCAGAGAAUCAAUUUGGAGUCGGCGAGCCGCUUGUUAGUGAUGAUUCGUUUAGAGCAAAAGAUCCAUUUGAUACCCCUGGAGCGCCUGGACGUCCAGGAACCUAUGGAAACAAAUCCGGAUUCAAUCCUGACAAUGCUCCAUGCAAGCCGAAGAUUGACAUGGGUUUGUUGACAAGAGAUGUUACAGUUUAUGCUGGAGAGAUUGGAAAGCAACAAUCAAAUUCAAAGUUGUUUGACAAACCGGCACCACCUGAGGGACCAUUGGAGGUGACUGAUAUCUCACCCGAUGGUUGUCUUGUCUCAUGGAAAGAACCAAAAUCUGAUGGUGGAUCACCGAUCACUAAUUAUAUUUUGGAAAAGAUGCAUGUUGGUAGAGGAAAUGAUCGAUGGGAAAAAGUCUCAUCAUUUGUUCGAAACACGAAUCUUUAUGUGACCGGCUUGCACGAGAACGAGAAAUAUAAAUUCCGGUACGAGCUGAGAAUCAAUACGGUGUCUCCGAUCCACUCGAGUGCCGAGAACCGAUCACUGCUCGAUAUCAAUUCAAUGUACCUGAUGCUCCCGAUCAACCAUCUGCGAGAGAUAUGGAUCGAACUUGGAUCGAUCUCAAUUGGGAAACCCCGCACGAUGGGGGAUCGAAGAUUUUGGGAGAACAAUGUGCGAAUCGCUGGCCUCAGGGAUUGUGGAGAAUACGAGUUCCGAGUGCAGGCGAAGAACGCAGCUGGACUCUCGAAGCACUCGCCGGUGGCGAAACUGACGCUGAAGUCACGCAUCGCUCCACCCGGCCCACCAACCCAGCCAGCCGCUCAAUCAAUCGGCCGCAAUCACGUCACUCUCACCUGGGGCGCUCCCAUUGAUGAUGGUGGCUCAAAAGUCACUGGCUAUCAUGUAGAAAUGAGAGAAUAUGGAUCAUCCAACUGGUAUCAGGUCUCCGAUUAUGCCAUUCUUGAGCCAGAGUUCACUGUGCCUAACCUCAAAGAGUUCCACGAUUAUGAGUUCCGAAUUGUUGCCGAGAACAAGGCGGGUCGCGGUUUCCCCAGCUUACCCACUGCACCAAUCAAGAUUCAAGAGAUGGGUGGAUCGAAGCCGGAGAUUGUUGUCAAACCGGAAGAUACUACUCAACCGUAUAACAGACGAGCUGUGUUUGUUUGUGAAGCUGUGGGCAGGCCUGAACCUACUGCUAGAUGGCUGAGAAAUGGGAGAGAGCUGCCGGAAAGCACGAGGUAUCGCUUCGAAGCUCAUGAUGGAGUCUACAAAUUCACGAUUAAAGAAGUCUGGGACAUUGACGCUGGAGAGUACAUGCAUCCAACAAUUCGAACGGUUGGAUUUGAUGAUCAUUUCUUGAUCACAAUUACUUCACUUCAACCAACGGAAACUGGAAGAUACGAGUAUACAGUGAGCAAUGACAGUGGAGAAGCGACAACUGGACCAUUAUCUUUCGAACAUGUGGGCAAAGAUUAUGUGACACUUUCUUGGAGACCACCAGUUGAUGAUGGAGGCUCAAGAAUUAGGGGAUAUUUGAUUGAGAAGCGAGAUAUUUUGAGAGAAGAAUGGACCACUGUCGCCUCACAAGUCAGAGAAUUGUCCUACAUGGCGCAGGCACUUUUCGAGAAUCAUGAGUACGAGUUCAGAGUUUCGGCUUUUAACGAAAAUGGUGUUGGUGCGCCGCUCGUCUCCGAUAACUCGGUCAUUACAAAGCUGCCAUUUGAUCCACUGGUCCACCAACGAAUGCUGAGAUUGCGCAAAUUGGAAGCGAUUUCCUUACUUUAUCGUGGCUUCGUCCGAUCUCUGAUGGUGGUGGUCGAAUUCGUGGCUAUAAUCUUUGCUGUCAAUGAAGCUGGCUUCUCAGAAGCGCUUGAGGUGCCAAAGUUGAAAUUUUUGGCUGCUGGUGGUGGAUCACCGCCAAGAAAUCAUCAGACAAGCCUCAGAUGUGUACGGAGAAACAGACCAGAGAUUAAAUGGUUGCGAGGGAUGAAAGAACUUGUUUCCACUUCGAAGUACACUUUAUUGAACAAGGAACUAUUCAAACACUUAUUGUCAACGAUGUGCAAGCUGAUGACGCUGAUGAGUACUCUUGUCGGGCAGUUAAUGCAAAAGGAACGAGGAACAACAAGAGCUCAACUCAAAGUCAAGACAAAGCCAAGAGUUUUCGUACCACCGAAAUAUCAUGGAGGAUAUGAGGCACAAAAGGGUGAAACGAUUGAGAUUCAAUUGCCAUAUAAAGCUUUCCCAGCUGGUGAGGGAAGAUGGACAAAAGAUGGGGAAAAGAUUGAGAAUGGGGAGAAAUAUUCGAUCACAAGUGAUGAGAAAACGGUGAGCAUUGAGAAUUUCCGGGAGCAUCGAGAGAAGAUUAUGGAACGUAUCGAGCGACAGUUGAGAAUAGUGGCUGAUCGACCCGAUCCACCGAGAGCACCACAGAUUGAAAAUGUUCUCGAUGAGGCAGUGAUUCUCUCAGUGGAAACCACCACGGAAUUCACCUACAUCACGAUCGAGGGACUCAAAGCUCUUCACCAAUACGAAUUCCGGGUGACAGCUGAGAAUAAACACGGAAUCUCUAGAAUCCAUGUGAACCAACAAAUGCUGUCACAAUUCCUGGUGAUGGCCGUCGUCGAAGAAGGAAUUACGAUGUGGAUGAGAGUGGAAAGAUCAUCCGGGGACAGAGGAACGCCCGCUUCCAAUUAUGAUGGGCUGUCGAUAUCAAGACAUCGUCAAUCAUAUUAUAAAUACGAUAUCUGUGAGGGAGAUCCGGAAGAAAGAGUCGCUGAUGAACAGAACAAAAUGAGCGAGAAAGAAGCUGCGAACUAUAUGCGUCAAGUUUCCACUCCAUUGGAUCCAAGAAAUCACGUGAAAGUCACCACUGGAACCGCAGAAUUUGCGGCUCCUGAAGUAGCGAAUGGGGGGGCUGUUGGAUAUUACACUGAUAUGUGGAGUGUUGGAGUGCUUUCGUAUAUCUUAUUAUCUGGUCUUUCACCAUUUGGUGGAGGAAAC